GCUGCGAGGAGCAAUUUAUUGUGACUUCCAUCAGGUCGAAAUGAAACGCGGCCAAACAGAAGGGUCAAGGACGCUGAAAUAACUCAAGGGAGGACGAGCUUAUCUGAGAUGCUAGAGCAGUUAUUCUCAGCAAGGGAUUUGCGCCGCUUUUAUCGCUACAUGCUUGUUUCAAUGUACUUAAAAAAAACAGCCUGACACUGAACUGAGUCGAAACACAGAUGCAACGGUUUUGUGCACCGCGCAUACAGAAAGUUAUACACGGGAUUACCAAAACAGAGCGAGUCAGUGUUUAGACAUUGUGAAACUUCAUCACCUGAGAGGCACAGGGGAGGCAGCUGCUCCCACAGACUUCAGGACUUCAUAACUGUAUAUACAAGAUCAUAUGAGUGCAGCGUUCAGUUCACCGUUCAUGAUGAUGCAGCGUCCGGUGGGAAGCACCACCGCUUUCAGCAUCGACUCGCUCAUCGGCGGUCCACCACAGCCGAGUCCGGGACAUUUCGUGUACACGGGCUAUCCCAUGUUUAUGCCAUACCGGUCAGUGGUGCUGCCUCCGCCACCUCCUCAGACCUUGCCUCAGAGCGCUCUUCCCGCGACCCAUCCGCACCACCCCAUCCCGGGCUUACCCAGCGGGUUCUGCUCCAGUCUGGCGCUCACAUCCACUCUAAUGGCCUCGCUACCCGGGGGCUUCUCCAGCUCGCCGUCUCAACAGCACCAGGAAGCAGCGAGGAAGAUCGGAUCUCAGUCUAUUCACGCCAUGUUCGACAAAUCUCAGGAUAUUCGUUUGGAUGGAGAGGAUGGAAAAACUUUUCCAAUUACGAAAGAGACAACGGCGCUUCAGUCAUUCCACGACUCCCAAUCGGUGCACACCUCUACAGUUCGAGGUCACAGCAAAGACGACCCGAAGGAGGAUGAGUGUCACAGGAAAGAUGAGAGCUUCUCCAUGGACAGUGAUUUAGAUUACAGCUCCGACGAUAAUGCGCCCAGCAACACGAUGUGUCAAAAAGAUGACGGAGACGCCAGCGGAGGACUGGACGAUAGUGUCCACGGUGGGAAUGGGUCCGGGAACACCACGUCUACCGGGAAAAACCGGAGAAGGAGGACGGCUUUUACGAGCGAGCAGCUCUUAGAACUGGAGAAGGAGUUUCACUGUAAGAAAUACCUGUCGCUUACAGAGCGCUCACAGAUCGCCCAUGCCUUAAAGCUCAGCGAGGUGCAGGUCAAGAUCUGGUUUCAGAACCGGAGAGCCAAGUGGAAGCGGGUCAAAGCGGGCAACGUGAACUCUAAAACCGGAGAGCCCUCCAGAAACCCCAAAAUCGUGGUGCCCAUUCCGGUACAUGUUAGUCGGUUUGCUAUACGCAGCCAACACCAACAGUUAGAACAGGCCAGACCUUGAUAUACCCAGGUUGAGUUGAGGGGCCAAGAGAAAUGAUAGAGAGAGGAAACAGGUGAACUUUUCUUGAAAAGCAGAUGUUUAUAGGGAAUCCAUGAGGAACCGGUUUAAACGAGUCGUUGAAACUGGGGAAAAGAAGAAACAAACUCUGCUCGAGCGAAAGUUUAAAACUAAGACCUCACUCAUACUGGGAGAAUUUUGGACCAAAUCACGAGCAAAUUUUAGUUCAUGAAA